GAUUCGGUAGAUCGCUGUAGAGCAACUCAGACAGUCGGCGGCCUGAAGAGGACUUGUGCAAACACUUCCUCUCUGGACAAGGAGGAAUGCAGGAGGCCACCGCCUGCAGUACAUCUUGGAGUGUUGGAGGGAUGUGCCUGCACUUGUGAAAGGGCGCCAGAAGGACGAGGCCCCAACCAAGCCCGGCAGUGCCCAGUAGAUGCAGAGAGGCGUCCCUGCCCCGGGCGCAGCCAGUGGGCAUCCCUGCGGCCCAGGGGCCUGAGUCUCUCCACUCCCACGGGAUGCGUCGGCUCUGGGGCCCUGGGACGCCCUUCCUCGCCCUGCUUCUGCUGGUUUCCAUCAAGCAAGUUACUACAGGAUCUCUCCUUGAGGAGACAGUUCAGAAGUGGGCUCAGUAUAAGGAGACGUGUCUGAAAGACUUGCUCGAGAAACCUUCUGGUGUAUUUUGUAAUGGAACAUUUGAUAAGUACGUGUGCUGGCCUCAUUCUUUUCCUGGAAAUGUCUCUGUCCCCUGUCCUUCAUACUUACCUUGGUGGAAUAAAGAGAGCCCAGGAAGGGCCUACAGACACUGCUUGGCUCAGGGGACUUGGCAGAAGCAAGAGAACUCCACAGAUACUUGGCAGGAUGAGUCAGAAUGCUCAGAGAACCACAGCUUCAAACAAAACGUGGAUCACUAUCACCAUACCUUGUUGUCCACCUUGCAGCUGAUGUACACUGUGGGCUACUCCCUGUCUCUCAUCUCCCUCUUCUUGGCUCUUACACUCUUCUUGUUCCUUCGAAAACUGCACUGCACACGCAAUUACAUCCACAUGAACCUGUUCGCUUCGUUCAUCCUGAGAGCUCUGGUUGUCCUUGUGAAGGACAUGGUCUUCUACAACUCUUACUCCAGGAGGCCUGACAGUGAGAGUGGAUGGAUGUCAUAUCUGUCAGAGAUUUCUGCCUCCUGCCGCUCUGUCCAGGUCCUCCUGCACUACUUUGUGGGCACCAAUCACUUGUGGUUGCUGGUUGAAGGACUUUACCUCCAUGCUCUGCUGGAGCCAACAGUGCUUCCUGAAAGGCGGCUGUGGCCCAAGUACCUGGUGGUGGGUUGGGCCUUCCCCAUGCUGUUUGUUAUUCCCUGGAUUUUUGUCCGAGCAAGCCUGGAGAAUACAGGGUGCUGGGCAGUAAAUGAGAAUAAGAAAAUCUGGUGGAUCAUCAGAGGACCCAUUCUGCUUUGUGUAACAGUUAAUUUCUUCAUCUUCCUCAAGAUUCUCAAGCUUCUCAUUUCUAAGUUCAGAGCUCAUCAGAUGUGCUUCAGAGACUACAAAUAUAGACUGGCAAAAUCAACCCUGCUCCUCAUUCUUUUGAUGGGGGUUCAUGAGUUCCUCUUCACUUUCUUCACCGACGACCAAGUUCAAGGAUUUUCAAGACUUAUUCGUCUCUUCAUCCAGUUGACCCUGAGCUCCUUCCAUGGAUUUCUGGUGGCCUUGCAGUACGGCUUUGCCAGUAGAGAGGUGAAGGCAGAGCUGAGAAAGACCUGGGGCCGCUUCUUAUUAGCUCGCCACUGGGGCUGCAGAGCCUGUGUCCUAGGGAAGAACUUCCGGUUCCUGGGGAAAUGUUCCAAGAAGCUGUCGGAGGGAGAUGGUGCCGAGACACUCCAGAAGCUGCAAUCUUCAGGUGUCAGCUCACACCUGACCGCUGGGAACCUGCGGGAUCAUGGGGCACAGCCUCACAGGGGCCGUGGAGCUUGGCCCCGGGCAAGCAGCCUGUCUGAGAGCAGCGAGGGAGACUUCACCCUGGCCAAUACCAUGGAGGAGAUUCUGGAAGAGAGUGAGAUCUAAGACAGGGUCCAUCACCACAGCUUGGCAACUGAGGAUCCCUAGGAAAGAGGUUGCUGAGCCCAGGGUCCUCCUCUUUCCAUUCACUAUCCCCAUUUUGAUGUGAAGUCUCUUCUGGGUUAUCAAGCUCCAUAUCAGUGAGUCUAUAUAAUGCCCACAGUCCCUCCUGCCUUUGUCACCCUACCCCCCCCCCACCCCCACCAUGCAUAUUUUCCAGAAUGUCCGUUGGUUUUGGGGGCCUUGCCCUAAAUUCAAGUGAGUGGAACCCACCAUGAAGAAAAAUCAUUUAUUAAAUAGGGUUCAGUUUGUAUCUCCUUCCCGUUCAUGGUGUAUGGCUUCCUUCUAGAGAUGGAAGUAGGGUGCACUGGAACCCCACAGGAAGCUUUAAAGUAUCAAGUUCUGGGGAAUCACAGCAAAUAUUCUAAGAGAGAAAGUCUGAGAUGAGGACCAAGAAUUGAAAGAGUUGGACAAGCAUUUGCGGAAACUCCUCACCCUUGGUAAAACCCAGGCAGGAUGGAGGGAGCAGCUACUCUGCAUUUGCUGCUCAUCUGGGGCACACCACUCUCCUUGGACAGGGUGUGACCCCAUGUUGUCCCCCAGACCCCUCUCCUCCUCACUUCUCUUCCUGUUCUGUCAAGUCUCAUCUCCCUUUCUCCAUCUCAGCUCUGUUUGGGGUUGACAGAAGUUUGAAUGUCAUGAUACUCUAUGUGUUAUUUUCUGUCCUCAUUGCUGUGUCCAAAUGCUGAACAAGUAGCAAUUUAAGGGAGCAACUGCUAUGUGGCUCAUAGCUUGAGAACAUAGUCCAUCAAGGUCGGGAAGGCAUGGUGGUAGGACUAUGAGGUGGCUCAUGAGGCCAAUGUUAGUGUUGUGGGCAUGUGGGCAAGCUUUUGUCAACUUGACACAAACCUAAACAUCUCUGGGAGGAAGGAUCUAAACUGAGGACUGUCCUCCAUCAGGUUGUCCUGUAGGCUGGUCUGUGGGAGCAUUUUCUUGAUUCAUGGCUGAUGUGGAAGAGUCCAUCCCACUGUGGGUGGUGCCAUCCACUAGCAGGUGGUCCUGGGUUAUGUAAGAAAGCAGAUAGAGUGAGCCAUGAUGAACAAGCCAGUAAAAAGCAUUCCUCCAUAGUUCUUGCCUCUGCUCCUCCUGGAGUUCACACUCUGUCUUUACUCAGUGAUUGGAAUGUGAUAUGGAAGUGUAAGCCAAAUUAACCCUUUCCUCCCCAACUUGUUUUUCAGUCGUGAUGUUUAUCAUGGCAAAAGAAAGGAGACCAGGACAGCAAUUGGUAGUAGAGAGUGGGCUACUGUUGGGACAAGCCUGGCCAUGCUGUUUUGGGGAGGAUUGUAGAAGUGUUUGGAACCUCAGGCUGGAAAAGCCACCGAGUGCUCAAAGCUUAGUGGGCUUUACUGCAAGAGCUGGACAGUUAGUGUUGAGGGAAACACAGUUGAUGGAGGGCUGGCUUGUGGAUUUUCAGAGGGAAGCAAAGACUCUCUGGGUCGUUUGAGUUUUUCCCCCCCAGUCUAUAGUUUCUGGUCAGCUGGGACUGACAAUUCCACUUGAUAAGAGAGCAUUGUCAUUGCAACAGAAUCUUCUGGGAGGAGGUAUUCCUUGGAAUCAAAAGCUGUGGUCUGGUGGGGAGGCAGCCAGGCUGUCCAUUAGGCUGGUGGCAAACCUGGGCAAACCAGGAAGUCAGGCAGCAGAUAGAUGCUGUUGCUUAGGUAAGCCUCUCUGCAAAUGUCCUAAGGCACAAUGAAAGGCGUGUCUCCUAGGUGAUUCUAAAAGCAGGCAAGCUGACAGUGAAGAUCCACCACGAUACUGCUACUUCUUUGGCCUCUGAUGCUGGAAGCCUUUGGAACGUUGUCAUUAGUCCUGUUCUCCUCACCCUGGUUUCACCUGUUCUCAUGAACUCAGCUUCUACCAGUUCACUUGUUCUACCAUUCUAGGGUUAGGACUCCCCUUCCAUACUUAGUUCACCACUGACCCUUUGAUGGUCAGAUUUCCUGCUCCAGGAGGCUAAUCCAUUCUUCAUCCUACAUCAGUAGUAAAGCCCAGGUGAGGGAAUAAGGUGAGGGAAGCCCUGUCUGAGUGUGGACUUGCUGAAGGUGGCAUAAGAAGCCCCAGGCUCUAUAGCUGCCAGGCUCAUUGGGCCUUUGUGACAAUGGGAAAUAAGCUGGAUUUGACCUGACCUACAGAGGCUGAAGAGGGACAACCAGUCAAGGCCAGGCUCAGUUACACAAGUCACAAGACAAGAGGAAGCAAGGUGACUGAGGGAGGAACUGUUUGUGGAAACAUUGUGCAGUUGGCAAGGAGUGAUGCUUUUUUAGUGGGCAAGGUGUAUGUGUGUCCAUGGCUGGGUAUACUGCCUGGUUGAGAUAUGUGUCCAUGGUUGGGUAUACUGCCUGGUUGAGAUAUGUGUCCAUGGUUGGGUAUGUUGUCUGGGUUGGGUAUGUGACCAUGGUGGGGUAUGCUGUCUGGGUUGGGUAUGUGUCCAUGGUGAAGUAUGCUGCAGUAGACAGAAAUACUGCUUUGAGACUUCUCAAACAGAGCUGCCAAGCUCAGCAAAGGAAACUUAAGACAUUCCAUUAUAUGUGAACUUAGACAGUAUCCAUGGAUAAUCUCCUUAUACAAGUUUUUCCCAUAAUAGACUUCAUCUGGAAUUUGAUUCUGAUUAUACAUACUUUGUGUCUUACCUGGCUGUUUUCUUUAUAAGGAGACUUGAAAGCAAGGCCAGGACUAAGGUGAGCCACUGAUGGUGGUCAGUCACCAGGACAAGGGUGAGCCACUGACGGUGGUCAGUCACCUCUGAUAAUCUCAAUGAUAAAAUAAGUUGUAACUUAAUACAAUAUUUAAAAAGCAACUAGAGUCCACAGGCUACUUCUAAGGAUAGGAUGUUGGCACCAGGGCAGGGAAGAGUGUGCAGAAGAUGAAGCCCCAGAAUGCCGGCAUAGAUUUCAACCAUGCCCUUGUCUGCAAUGCUGAUAAUGUGUUCCUUUUAUCAAUGAUUUUGGUGUUGAACGACUGCAUUAAAACAUUAUUCAUUAAAGUAUUUCGUAUCCCAA